GCUGCGAAUACAGGACAUUUCAGAACAAAAUGACAAAAAAUAAUAUCGAAACAAGUAUAAUUUUCAAAUUUCUUGCACUUCAUGCAGAGAAUUGGUCCAAUACUGAUCCAUAGAGAACAAAAACCGUAGCAAUUUAUGCUCGAAGCGGAAAAAGUCCCAUUUGAAAGUCUGUGAACGAAUAUAUUUCAAAUAUGGCGAACGGGCGGAAUGAUUUAGCAAAUUAUAAUGGUGUUGUAUCUGAUUCAUAUAACGGCGAAACACACGGACAGGUUUUGGGAAGACAUAUAGAAACGUCUGUCGGCAUUUCUCAAGACGAAUAUCCCCCCGAAUCGAAUGAUAAUUGUGUUGAAAUAAGCCUCGAGCCAUGCGCUACUGAGCACGAUUCGAACAUCCUGGAAAGCAAGACGUCUCCUAAAAAGUCUUCUUUGAGACGUAGACCCUAUGUUGCACCGAAGCCCAUAUUGGUCAAGUAUCGUUCAAACAAGGAUGGGCAAAACGCGUGCGAGUGUUUGGAGAACCGUGAGGAUAAUGACUCUUCAAAUAUUAGCGCUGAAAGUGAGCUUGGUGCGGAUUUAAACGUUCGAAAGAGGGAAGCCAGAAGUUCCAGAGACCUCAGAAACUCUGCUGGUGCUAGUGGCGGUAUAUUUAACGAAGAUUUUGAACCUGAUUUCGGCGAAUUUGAGGUAGAAACCGACGAAGUUGUAAAAGAGUUAGAAAACGAAGUUGAGGAACCGCUUCUUGACCCACCAGAACAAAACAUGAGCGAAGACUUUUCUGAUAUCGACCGUCAUAAUAUCUUAUCCAUUGGAGGAGAUGACAAAAAUGCCAGGAUCGCCAUCGUAUUUUCAGCAUCCAAGUUGCCACCGAAAAAUGAAAUUGAUCAUCAGAAGCUGUUUAGAUACAUGCAGUACACGUUGGAUAAAUACGUGGAAAAUGAUUAUUCUGUUGUGUACUUUCAUCAUGGUCUGAACAGCAAAAAUAAACCAUCAAUUUCAUGGCUUGUUCAAGUUUAUCAUGCCCUCGACAGAAAGUACAAGAAAAAUUUAAAAGCUUUAUUUAUCGUCCAUCCAACGGGAUUCAUAAAAGUUAUAUGGAAUGUCUUAAAACAGUUUAUAAGUGCAAAGUUUUCACAAAAGGUUGUGUACGCAAAUCGUUUGGCGGAUUUGGAGGAAUAUUUACAUUUACCACAGCUUGAUAUUCCCGAAGUAGUUAAAAAACACGAUGAAGAGAUCUCAGAGAGAUACAAACCAAAAUACUCGCCAGCAGUGUUUCACACAGAUCUGGAAAUAUCACUGCCUGAAACACAGCAGUUUGGCGUUUCCUUGGAAAGAAUUAGAUCACACACUGGCGACGACAUUCCUACUGUUGUACAAUGUGCAGUUAAAUUCCUAAGGGAAUCAGGUUUAAAAGUUGAAGGUUUGUUCAGACGUUCUGGUAAUGUCUCGGUGGUUAAAGGCUACGCAGAGAAAUUUAAUAAGGGAGAAUUUAAGAAAUUUAACGAGGAAGAAGAUAUUCACGUCGCUGCGGUUUUAAUAAAGAGGUUUUUGCGAGAACUUCCAGAACCACUACUUACGUUCCAGUUAUAUGAAGAUAUUAUGAGAAUACAUGGUUUAUCUGACGAAGAGAAAGUAGGAGAGGUGAGACGAGUUCUUAGAGGUUCUCUACCACGACAGAAUUACUUGGUGUUGAAGUAUCUGAUGGAGUUCUUAGUUCAGGUGAUGAACAACUCUGACUUUAACAAAAUGAACGCUUCAAACUUGGCAAUUGUCUUCGGACCCAAUCUCAUCUGGGCUUCAUCAGCCGUUGCAUCUUUGAGUGCUAUGGGACCCAUUAACUCAGUAACGAAAAUAAUCAUUGAAAAUGUGCCGGCCAUUUUUGAAUGAUGUAAAUUAAUGCACAAUGUGCGUGUACGCGGAUAUUUAAACAUUGCAUUUUUGCAAUAGUAUUGUAUAGCUAUAUUAUACACGCAUUCACAUAUAGGCCUAGGUAAGAUAGAUUUUACAUAUGUUCAGCCGUGAAUGUCGGUGUCACAUAUAUACUGCUUCUUGGUUCCAAGAAAGAAUAAACUUAAAACUUUUCAUCUUAUCUGUGUUUGUGCAACCACAGAAUUGAAUAGCGGGUUUUGGCAAAUAUUAUCGGUGCGAUCGUACGAAAGCUGGAUAACACCGGAUUUAUAUCGCUCUUAUAUAUAACUCAGUCUUUAGACUUUAGUUUUUAAAUUAGAGAUUUUCUGUAUAUUGACUAAUUAUUUGCUCCAUUUCUAUAUAGUUUUAUUGCUUUUCAAGCAUUUUUUACAGCCGAAAACAGCAGUAUCCGUAAACAGAAAUAACGGUAUCCAGCCUUUGUACAACCGACCGUGUCCAAUAAGAGUCUCGUAUACUUACAGUCAGCUAUAAUCGAUAUACUUCUCACAAAAAACUAUUUUCACUGAUUUUCCUUCUAAUAAUGAAGAGGACGCAUCUAUUAAAUAAUUGAUUUAUUCUAGCCCUUGAUGCCCUUGAUAACGGAAAGUGUUUAGCGAGACACACCUGAAUAUUUAUAUUGUCAGUCAUUAGUGAACGGGUUAGUUAUUUACACAGAAUUUAUACCUAUUCCUUGAUAUUUACGUUCAAAUUUGUUCACAAAUGUGUGUAAAUAAUAUUAGUUUUCUAAUAAAUAAAUAUAAUUUGUAUAUUAUCAUGAAAAAACUAAGCAUAACUAAACUAUAUAUUAAUGCUCAUGUGAAAUAAAAA